AUGCUGGCCGCGCUUCCGUCGGAGUUAUUGGCUAUGGUAAUUGGCCAAAUUGCCAGCCGUAGGGACCUGAAGCGUCUUUGUGAAGUUUGCAAGCGUCUCCAUGGUAUAGCCAUUCCACAUCUAUAUCAGUCUCUUGUACUAUCGGCACCGGAGCUGUCAUUAGAGGAUUUAACUGCGAAUCUUGAGGCGAUACCAUGGAAAUACUUGAAGUACACACAACAUCUCGGCUUCAUUGUUCCAAUCCAUGAGCGACUCGAAUCCCGCUGUGUACACCAGGGUGGUAAUGGGCACUUCGUUGACGAGGCUGUUCAGGAUGGGAAUAUGGACUAUGAGGACACAGCCGAGGGAACGGACAAUACACGUGAAGUCAAGAAAAUUAAUAAAAUAGCACAGGGGCGCAUCUUGGGCCCUCUCUUCAAUUUAAGUUCUGCGUUAGAUGCUCUGAGGUUUCCAGAUGAUCAAUUACGAAGUUUCCGGUUAGUAUCGGGUUUCUUACUUUGGCCAGCCCACUUACGUGAAUCUAGGUGGGAGGUAGGAACAUGUCUUCCAGAGGCUCUCUUUGGCAGCAAGGACUCCUUUCUCGGAAAUCAAAGACAGAUUCAAUCGAUUACCUUCAUUACGGAUGGCGAAUGUGGUGCGAAUACAAACGCGCAGUACUCUGUGGAUCUUGUUCAAUUUAGAGGAUUACGGUCCCUUGAUUGGAGGGGUUUAAACCGAUUUAACGACUUCGAAUCCGUCAGAAAGUGUAUCGAAGUUCAUGGCUAUCAAAUCCAAUCACUAACUCUUGAUCUUUUGACUUGGGUUCGUGCGGAGAAGAUCUGGGCUGAUGGAUACCGCUGCCAGAACCCCCAGCCCACAAGUACUCCUAAUAACUUCUUCUCGGAAAGAGUGCUUAACGUCCACCCAGGAGACCAGAAAGUCGUUUUUUUGUCUCUUGAGAAUCUUCAUCUGUCGGCUGUGUCUUUUUAUCAUACCCCCAUGGAAAUGGCUCAUGCUUUCAAUAUCGAACGCCUCAAGAGUCUAAAAUUGCGGAACUGCCCAGGAUCUCUUGACUGGCUACAAAUGAUACUCAAUCCUCGAAUGCCAAUGAGAUUGAAAUCAGUCGAACUUGCUCUCGAUCUCAAUAGUCUUCCGAGAGGUGGACAUAUGCAUAUCACGGAGACGAUCUGCAAUCUCAUUCAUCACGUUUGCGGCCUAGAGAGUCUCUAUCUAAUGCUUCCUGAGCCUAUUGAUUGGACCACUCUCACAAAUAGACUAUCAAGUCAUCGUCAUAUCAAGCGCUUUGUUAUGCACCACCUGGUGGAUAGAGGUGGUCAGAAACUCAUCGAUGGAGAUAUACCAUGGUCUUUGCGUUUGGAACGCAUACUGCAAGAAAAUCAAUUGUCGUGCUUUGGAUCUUCUAUCCCACCUGGGAAGUUACCCAGCUGGUUCUCUGAGUCUCUUUAUACUUAUGAUUAUGGCGACGAUUUGCCAUACAAACCCGAGGAAAUACAUGAUCUUGCGCAGUGGGCGUUCAGUGCUGAUGGUCUGCCGAACCUGCAAGUACUUGCCUGGGGAGACUUCUCAUAUGGAGGCCGCUAUUCAAAGUUCAAUCUUCUCCUUUGCAAAUCUGACAAUGGCUACCAGACUUUGACCCCUUCUGAUAUAAUGUCUUGGAAUCUAGUCCAGGACAAUUUGGAUAUGCUAGCAGCCUGCCCUUUGGAUGAUAUCCUAGAAUAA